AUGGCGAUUGAGCACGCUUCUGCAAAAGUCUUCACCCAACCCUUCCCAGUUCCCACGAGGCAGGGAACCAGACCAAACCGCCAGGACCACCAGAACCCCGUGGUCGGGUCGCCCCGAAACUGGAGUCCGUCGCCCCAAGUUGACGGUCGGAUUGGUCCCGAGCAGGGCAAGGUUGCGAACAAACCUGGUUAUCGACCUAAUCUGGGACCUAUCAAGUCUGAUCGCCGACCCGAGUUGUUUUCUUCCCUGGAGACCCUAGGGAUCCAGGUCUAG